AUGACCAGCAAAGUUCAGAUUCGGUGGAUGCGCUGUCAUUUGUGGCAACUUGUGGGCCGCCAGUCGAUCUGGUUGAGGAUGGCGAAAGCCUGUGGUGAUACGCCGUUGGUGAGCCUAGAGCACGUCAAAGAUGCUAUCAAGACUUCGGGCUGUCAUCGAUGCUUCCGUGUUGCGCAAAGUCUGGAAGCGGCGGUCAGCAACACUCCCUCAGAUGUAAAUACCCUCUUGCUUCUCGACGAGCUCGAGAAUUUGGAGGACGAGCACUCUUCCCGUGCGGAGACCAAGAAGUGGGUCAAAGCUCAACGGCUGAAACGUUUCUCCGCUCUCCGCAUCCCUAGCAACGACGAGGCCGCGCCGCUCAUACAGCAGGCAUUGACGUACGGAAAACUCAAGUUGGUUCAGAACACUGUGCUGCCACAGAUUAUGAGACUCGCGGACAGCUCGACCCUUCUCAGACACACUACGUAUAUGCACUCCGCGGACAAGAUCCCGAAGAAAGCUCGCACGAACUCCGCCAAAGAGCUUCUCGCCAAGGCCGUCGGACGUGGCGCAACGGAUGAAGCGCAACAGAAUGAGGCGGACGGGACGAGGCGGGACACCUGCUUCGACCUCGACCGAGAAGAUCUCCUCGCGUCCGUUUUUGAGAAGCUGCUCAAGUUCGAAGGUUUGGAGAAGGACGUUCUUCUGCGCCGUCACCAGCAAGUCUUGCUCCCUCUUGUUACCUACAUUGCCGAGAUCUUGAAGGGACACCAAACCGGCCGAACGCCUCCCUCCGGACUACAGGGAUUCUGUGAGGUGGUCGUUGCGCAGUACAUGGUUGCAGUCACCGGUGCAGUGGCAGGGUUCCAAGCGGAGGAUGUGGAGCGUUUAAUCGAGACUGCGGAUCUGAGCGGUAAGCCGGAUAUCCUUCACGCAUCCGUUCUCCCAGGGCUUGAAGGACUGGAGCUGUCUCCGUCGCAACUGGAAGGCUUCCUACUACAACUAGGCCGUUGCGCAGUGGGUCGUGACGGUCCGACCACCGACGCCUUCGGAGCACUGCAACAACGCCUGCUCAAGAAGUGGUCUAGCACCGUAGAGCUCGUGUCGACAGAGCGCAGUUACUACUCGAAGUCGGCCAAACCCUUCCUUGAUGCGCUCGAAUUCUGCCUCACUCACAGCUACCCCGACGCUGGAGCCCAUAUCGUCCAGCGCCUGACCCAUCCCUUGCCCACGACGCUCACCGCCGCGGACAUUCGGUCCACUCUGGCGCCGUUGAUCCCCAAAGUACACGACUUACUCCGCAAAUACGAGCUGUCGCCGGCCGCCCCUCCAUACGCCGCCUUCUUCCGUGCCCUCGCACUCCACUUUGCACAGACCGUGCUCGGCCCCCGCCCGCGCGAUCCCGCGCCGCAGAUCGCGGCGCUCGCCCGCUGGAAGUGCAAGUGCGAGCACUGCGCGGCUGCGCGGGACUUCCUGACUGCGCCGGGAACGCACUAUUACCGCAACGACAAGGAACUGACUCGCAUCGGGCGCCCAACUGCAAGCACCUUGAGAGCUGCGUCGCAUCUGGGGCAGACGAGCCGAGACACGAAUCCGCACAGCUUCAGAAUGAACAAAAAGCCGCUGCUGGUCCAGCAUGAGGAGUGGAUGGCGACGCAACAGGAGGGUAUGAAGAUGCUGGCUCAGAUCAGCGCUGACCCGGCACAGUUGAAGGCUAUCCUCGGAGACGACCACCUCAAGAUCACCUCCCUCAUGCGGGGCGACCCGCCCCUGCCAGCACGCCCACACCUGGGCCUUCGAAGUCGUCGACUCAGUGCCGUGCUAAAACACCUGCGCCAGCGUGGCGAAGCCAGCAACGGCCAACCUACCACGCGGCGCGCAGCCUGCGACGGCCCCCGCGGCAAGCGGCAAAGCAUCGUUGGUACGGAAAACUCCUCCGACGCAGGCUGCCCCUCCUGCGAAGCGUAG